GCUUAGUGUUUGUCAUUGCCUUCUGGCAUACAUAUCUACGAAAUGAAGUCUUGAUCUUUUGACGACGCAUUGUAAAAAUGUUUACACACACUUUACACUGCUAUUCUGAGUGUAUAGUUUUUCGUGUAGGUGCAUCAUGGCAACACUAAUCUUUUUAAACAUUUACAUGGUGAAUCCGAAUUCUGGUUGAGACAGCUAUUAUUUACCAGCCAUCCAAACGUUCAUUAUAUUGUUAUGGAGAUUGUUACUGAUGCGAUGUCCUCUGAUAAUUUGCUGAUCUCUUACAUAGAAAAAGGACACAAUCGAGCAGCAAAAUCACUAUUAAUAAACUACAGAUAUAUAAACAAGUGGACAGGUGAUUUUGGACAGACAUUACUUCACUUUGCGGCAAAACAUGGUAAUCUUGAAAUAUUAAGCUACCUGAUUGCAUGUGGAUGUAAAGUUAAUGCUCAAGACAAAUUUGGUACAACACCAUUGAUGCUCGCAAUCACCGAAGCAAGAGACCCUGUUCUCGUAAAAACUUUAUUAGAAGCAAAUGCCGACAUAAAUUUAAAAGACUUUAAAAAAUCGAGUGCUCUGCGAAAAAUUAUAAAGAUGAGUCUGGCAGAAUUGGAAACAUUGCAUCCCUACACCUUCCAAGUAACAAGAACCUUCGAUAUUUUAAAGAUGUUAAUGUCGGAAAUGGAAAACAAAUUUGCUUAUGACAAAGAACAGGUGGUUAAUGAUUUUAUAGAAGCCCAUUGCCCACUAGGUCUAGUGAUAUUCAUGCGCAACGCUAUAGUGACGGAGUACUUGUUGGAUAAUGGUUAUUUCCUUAACGAACUUGUGAGGAAUUGGUCGACACUGCAUAUCGCAGUUCUUAUGGCUGAUAUGCGAAAUGUAGAGAUUUUACUGGAUUUCGGAGCUGACGUUAACGACCUAGAUAGUAUGAGUCAAACACCUCUAUUUUUGUACAAUCUUGACGAUGACGUAAAACAAGAGAAACAUGACAUUUUGAAAUAUCUUUUGGAAAAGGGAGCAUCAUUGACGAUACCUCGCUAUGAUGGUAUUACUUUGAUGCAAUAUUUUUUUGCUGGUGCCCGGGUAAAUACUUUGUUGGCAGUGACACAAAGCAAAACUCCACAGCUAUUGAAACGCACAAUCGACGGUAAAACACCGCUGCACUUUUGGGUUGAUAACAUUUUCGAUAAUACAGACAUAGCAUUAAAAUAUUUACCGAUUAAACAGAUUGACGUCGAUGCGGUUGAUAACGAGGGUGUAAGUCCUUUGGUCAAAGCUGUGAGAGCUGGUUUGCUAAACAAAGUUAUUGUUCUAAUAAAACUUGGAGCAAAAGUACAUUUCUCCGAUAUUUUCGAUAAAACAAAUUUGUUUGAUAAACUGAUAAGUACGGUCGGUUGCGACUUAAAAUAUGCCAAAAUUGCCGAAUAUCUGCUGCAUCGUCAAACUUUUAAAUUUACAUAUCACUCCGAUCAUUGGCCUUUACUAUUAGUAGUAUACAAAGACAAGAAUUAUCUUUUAACGAAGGAGUUGAUCAAAUAUUUAGCGAUUAGUGAAGUUAUGCAUGAAAACGUGCCUACACAUGCCAAAAUCAGAUCUAAUAAUGAGCUUAAGACAUUCUAUGAACUGUGUAUAUUGCAAUUGAAAUAUAUGAGGAGAACAGUUGUGUGCGAAUCUAUUACACUGUACCAUCUUUUGACGAAUAGCGAAGAACAAAUAACCCUUUAUGCGCGUAAUAGUAGUUUCCAAGCAAGAGCACAGCAAGCUUUGAUAAAGUUCUAUGAACAGGAUUCUUUUUACUUCUAUGACAUUCAACAGCGCGUUGAACGGGCAAUUAAAGAAGCCAAAUUGAGAAAAGAUGCUUGCUGUGUUCUUUACAAUCUUAUGCAAAUGCGUCUCAAUGCAAGCGAUCCUAUUUUUUAUAAUAUUGUUAAAUAUAUGAGUAAAAAAGAUAAGUAUGUUUUGAAAAAAGUCUGACGAAUACUCUCUAGCUCGCUUCAAAUAAGCAAUUAACCAUCGUGGCAAGAUAUUGUUAGUUUUUUCACUAUAAUAUUGUCGACAUUUUAUUACCGCUCAACCACGAUAUGCAAAAAUUUGCUUAUUUUCUAUCUAUCAACUGUGUAUUACGCAAAUUAAUACUAAAGUUGCGUUUCAAACUAGAAAAAUAACGGCGAAAAUAACUAAGAUGAAUGAAGUGAGACUCAGAUAAUAUGAAAAUAAGCUUUACGAAACAGACGGUAUGAGUUUUUUCAACACCAAACUUCUGCAUCACAUCUCGUGGGGAGAGAAUGACAAGGCUCAAGCGUUCCUCGCUAGAAUCGAAAAUCCGAACGCGCUGCGAAACAGCGUGGGAAGAACGUUGCUGCACAUCGCUGCGAGAUACGGAAACGUGCAGAUGAUCCAGCACUUGAUCGACAUGGGAUUCGAGAUUGACGCCCUGUGCAAACACCACCUCAGCCCUUUGGCACUGGCUGUGCAGUUCGAUCACGUGCUCGCAGUCAAAGUGCUUCUCGAGGCGAAGGCCGAUAUCUACAGCACGGAGCACGGGGAUUGUCUGCUGAAGAGAGUGCACACGAGCAUCGUAAUGAAAGAAGAGCCAGGCGAGACCGAUCGCCGGAUUCUGAAGCUGUUCUCUCGCAAGGUCAACAAGGAUUUUUACGACGACCCGCGAAAUACCGUGAGUAAGCUCCUCGAGGCGGACUGCUCGCUUGACCUCGCCAUCAUGAUGAUCAGGCGUACGAAGGCAUUGAGGAUGUACCGCCAAAGAGGCUAUAGCCUAAAUACUGCCGAUCCUCGCACACAGCGCACAGCUUUGCACGGGGCUGUGCAGGCAACGCACGCACGGUCCGUUUGCUAUCUGCUGCGUCAAGGCGUGGACGUCAACGCGAUGGACUCGGCUGCGCGGACGCCGCUGUGCUACUACAAUUGCUUGAAAAGCUCCCGAAUUGCGCUCAUGAUGCUGCACAGGUUGAUCAGCUGCGGGGCUCAGUUGGGCAAGUUAGCCGAUCGGCCGGAUAGCAUCGUGCCGGCAGUGCACUUGAUCGCUCGCGCGCCACAGCAGGUGGUGAGAAUAGUGCUGUAUGACAUCAGUGCGGUACCAACCGGCAAAUUAGGUACAUUCUUGCUGGCGAAGAACACCAAUCCCGGUGUCAUGGCCGUACUCGGGAAGGAACCAUUCGAGGUAGACAAUCGCGACGAGCAGGGCGAUACCUUACUGAUGGUUGCCAUCGCUUGCAAAAGCCAUCUAAGUAACAUCGAAUUCCUGCUAGACAGAGGUGUUGAUGUCAACGCUGCAAACAAUCACAGCGAGACGGCCCUCCUGUACGCCGUUAAUCUCGCCUUUCGGAAAGGCAAGCCUGGGAAGGUCUCGGCUGGCGUUGUCAAGCUGCUGCUGCAGCGGGGCGCGAACGUUCAACACGAGUUCGAGAUCAGCAAAGUGCUGAAAAAACGAGUGACCAUCUUUGAUUUGUUUCUGAGAAAGAUUAAGCUUAGAGUUGCGAAGCUGCUGCUCUCCCAGCUUGUGCUGGAUAACGCGCGAGGAGAGAAUAUCACGGACCUCGUUUUCCGCAGAAUCAUGUCUUUGGGAGGUUUGCGAAACCAGUUUACGCAUUGUAAAAAUCACAUCCAAAAAAUGAAAGCUGCUACGAUAACCGAUUCGUUGACACUGUUCGACCUGAUGAUCGCUAACGAAGACUUCAUAGUCGACCACGUCAUCGAUUAUGAGUUCACGACGAAAGUUAGCGAAGCGGUAAAGGACAUUUCAGAGGACAAUCCCUAUUUCGCUGAAAUCGUUAAUACAAAAUUAGAAAGUAUUCUUCAAAAGUUGAAGUCAACGGAAGAAUACAGAAAUAUCGGUGUUCCCCAAUCGUCCUGUUCUCUUUCGUAAUUGAUAGCUUUAAGCAACUGUUUAUAUCAAUACAUUUUCUCAAAUAAUUUCAAAAUUAUUCACUAUGGUAACAUCUUUUUAUAGUAAAAUUCAAUUAGUUGUAUAUCGCCCUCCAUCUAUUAUAAAUUUUUUUUAAUAACUUUCUACAAUGUAUUUUUUUCAAUCAGAU